CGUCGUGCGUGUGUGCGCCUUCACUGUUCGAUGAGUCUAUUUAACCUGCGCUCAUUUCGCCAAUUGCAUCCUUUCUCUUUCUCUCUCUCUCUCUCUCUCUCUCUCUCUCUCUCUCUCUCAACUCGCCAACGACUUUACAUAGUCCGGUUUUAUCAGUUUGAGCAGCGAGGAUCGCCACUGCAACUUCCUCUGUAGGGGACUGAUGAAAAUUUUCAGCAGUAUAUUCACCUCGUCUGUCAUUCUGAUCGCAGCUCGGGGUUUGUGCUCCUGUCCUUGGUGCUGAAACAGCUUCAGCUCGGCUUUUACACUAGAGCACCAUAUUAUAGUUACACUUUACUGUAGCUUUAUCGCAGUAGUGUGUAUUACCGCAGGGGUUCUUCACAAUUAUUUAUUUCAAAAUGAUCUUACAAACAAUUUAAAGUCACCGUCGGUAAUAAUUAUUAUUAUUUUUAUUAUUUAUGCACAUUUAAAACUUUUAGCAGGAUUCAGAAUAUCAAUUACAAAUUAGCCUGAUUUAUUUUGUUUAUUUUUGUAUCAUCGGGGUUUCUUUAAAAGAGAGAGCGAGAGAGAGAGAGAGAGAGAGAGAGAGAGAGAGAGAGAGAGAGAGAGAGAGAGAAGAGGAAGAAGAAGAAUUGGAGAUUGUUUCCAACUUCAAACAUCCUGAAGAAAGAAGAAACUUUCUCAGACAUUGGAUGAAUAUCUCCGAAGCUCUGUUGGAUGUUCCUACUGGAUAGGCUGUGAUUGUCGCAUUUUUGUGAGUCGAACUUGGCCGAACCCAAAUGAGAGUUUGAAAGCUCUGGCCCGGGAGGAAACGCUCUUUUUUCCCCGAUGGAGGCGUCCACCCACGGCUCGUGCUCCGGCUCCGGCUUUGGCAUCGACUCUCUGCUGUCCCACAGACCCGGAAGUCCGGUGGUGGUCGUCGCCAAGGGUAACGGCAGCUUGGAAGGAGAAUGCAGGUCUCCGCCGGAGUUUAGCGCCGCGUCGGACGCGGACAGUGUGUGCUCGAGCCCGCCGUCGCCGAGGCGCGAGGAGCACGAGGAAGACGAGGAGCGCGAGGCGCACGAGCAGAGGCGAGGCCGCGCGCUCGCGCUGCCGUCCCACACGCACCACGGCCCGGUGUCCGCUGCACCCCAGCCGCGCACCGUCACCUCCUCCUUCCUGAUCAGAGACAUCCUGGCCGACUGUAAACCGCUGGCCGCGUGCGCGCCGUAUUCCAGCAACGGGCAACCGACACACGAGGCGAGCAGGUUAGCGUCUAAAGUGGCGGACGAGUUCAUCGAGAAAAUCCACAGCAACUCGUCUUCAGACGGAGAAUACAACAAAGUGAAAGAAGAAGGAGACAGAGAGAUUUCCAGCAGCAGAGACAGCCCCCAGGUGCGACUGAAGAAGCCACGGAAAGCGCGCACCGCCUUCACCGACCACCAGCUCGCGCAGCUCGAGCGCAGCUUUGAGCGCCAGAAGUACCUGAGCGUGCAGGACCGCAUGGAGCUCGCGGCCUCUCUCAACCUCACCGACACGCAGGUGAAGACCUGGUACCAAAACAGGAGAACGAAAUGGAAGAGGCAGACGGCGGUGGGACUGGAACUCUUAGCGGAAGCCGGGAACUACUCGGCCCUACAGAGGAUGUUUCCGUCGCCGUAUUUCUACCCGCAAGGUCUGGUGUCGGGUCUGGACCCCGGAGCAGCCGCGCUGUCCUACCUGUGCCGGGGCGCCGGAGCUCCUCCCCCAUCUGCUCCCGCGGCUCUACAGCGGCCCCCGCUCGUACCGCGGAUUCUCCUGCACGGACUGCAGGGCGGACACGAGCAUCCGCCGCCUCUCCCCCCGCUUCCCGGGGUGGUACUGCCCAGACCCACCCCACCACGAUGAGCUCUCCCGGCUCGGACUUUUCUCUUAAGACCAUAGACUGGACACUUGGUCUAUACUUAUUAAGACACACACACGCGCGCACACACACACACACACACACACCUGGCAGCUCUGGACUUCAACCUUACUGUUGACUAAAGGAUCGAGAAUAUAUAAUAUAUCAUAAAGUCAAUAUAUAUGCUUCUUAAAUGAAGAAGCAAACGCUAAGUCGAUGAUAUUGUUACUGCUAUUAGUCAUAAUUUAAUGUAAUUAUUUAUGCCCCUUUUUGUAUUUAACUUAUAUAUUUAUAUAGGAUUAUUAUUUGCUAUAAUUUAUGUUCAGAAAAAAAAUAAAUGUUUCAGAAAUAUUUCUAAAGGACGCAAUAAUAACAAAAAAGA